CUUUUUCCAUUUUGACAGUUGGGAGCAUCAACAGAAGUUCUCAGCAGAUCUCAAACACAUUCCAACAUGACGGAGACCGCUGAAGCUGUAGCUGCUGAUGUAAAGAGCAGGAGAAGUGUCACCAUUGAAAUCUUAAACAACACUAACAACUACUGCCUCCUCAAACCCAGGGUGUACCUUGAGAAUGGGGAGACAUACAACCCACCUCAACCCACAGUGCGCCCUCUGAAGUCAGAGGUCUGCACUUUUGCCAAGUCCGGCGGCAAAGCAACCGGCAGCAUCGGCGUGAUGACCUACGACCUCUUCGAGAGGUCACGGAGCGACUACAUCGAGACUCUGGCUAUCAUGUUCUCAGUUCCAUGGGACUACAACCUGUACAAGAACUGGUUUGCUGUAGGCAUCUAUAAAAAGGGCCGUGACUGUGAUAAGGAAUUGUACAAAGAAAUGUACUACGAGAAAAAACAGCACGAGCAUGGGUUUGUCAGGGAGGAAGCCACUGGAUCAGCUAUCAAUUAUGUGGGCAACUACCUAGAUAUCAAGGCCACGAUGAGCCCCCUGGGCAAUGCCGUCAUGAAGGUGGAGGUGUGGGAUAAGCUCUUCACAGACAGGGGGCAGCAGCCAAUGUAGAGAACCCUCCUAACCAGUAUUUCUGUUACAAGUCCCAACAGCAGAAUGCAUCCCUCCACCUCGAACGUUUACCUGCAUUUGAAAUACAGUCAACACGCAUGAUUUAACAGGUGUAUUGUUGCUGACAUGUGUCUGUAUGCCUGGGUAUUACGUCUCAGUAAAACUGCUUCAGAUCAGAGUUUAGUUUGUUUAUAAAUGCAGAUAAAUUAUCCUCCCCUUUAUAGCCGAAGCCUCAGUCUGUUUCUAUAGCAUCCAGUUCUAAAAUGGCAUCUUUAGAAAUGAAAAUCAAAAGGAUGACUCACUGGAGGACGAGGGCACACGGCUUAAUGAAAACGAG